UGAUUUCUGUUCACGUGCUUUUAUUUUCGACGCGUUCGAGUCUGCUUCCGAAUGUCAGCCGCUUUCCUUUGUCCUUGUAGUUUGUCAGCCAGCUUCUUCCAGGCAGUAUGAAAGCAGCCUAUGUACGAAUUACAUGACCUCCUUUUUCUCAUCGCGACCACGAUUAUUUCCCUUUCUGUCGUUUUCACGACAACACCACGUUCAUUACCUUAGCACCUGAAUCAUGUCCCCCACUAGAACCCUCCUCCUAUCACUUCUUCUCCUUACCAGCAUAACCCACAGCCGUCCUAUCAAAUUACCCAGAGAUAACGUCCAGCAGCCAGAGACGCUUCCCUUCACCGGGGUCGAUCCCACAGACCCGCGCGUGUCGCAUGACCCUGACGGCCUCCGCCCCGCCUCAGCAGCAAUGGCAAUGAUUAUUGGCCAAUCCCAAGGGCACGACGCUCCCGGGACCAUUCUCAACCCGUACGAGCAUCCCCACACUACCCCUGCCACACCCACACCCUUGUUCGUUUCCCCCGCAAGCACGGUCACCGCUCACGCGCCAGCCUCGCCCACGCCCAGCCUCCGCGCCUCCGGAAACACACCCGGCAUCAACCCCGCGCCACAGUCAAGCAAAUCCCAGCGCAAUGUCCUCGUCCUCGCUAUCGUCGUCAGCACCGUUCUCGGCCUUUUUGUCGUCUUCACUAUCGGCAAGUACACCCUCGAGUACCUCCGGAAGGCGAAGCGCAAGUUACGGCUGUCGCAAGAGUCCUGGGGACACAAGGAGAAGCCGUUCUCCUCCAUAACCCCUGAAGUGCCCGUACCAGACACGGAUGCAGAAGGCCAGAGCUUGAAAACUUUUUCGUUUCCCGGUCGGCCGGCCCGCAAGCUCGUGCGUCUAUAUGACCCCAACGAAGCCCCAUCCAAGCCCAGCAUGCGCACUCGAUUCAGCAACCUUAUCGCGUCUACUGCGUUCAGGCACCGUGACCACGACAGCAUCACCACCCAGGAUACCACUUCCUCCACGCCGUACCUUCUCAAUGUCCCGGGCCAUUCAGAUCACUCGCGCACCAGGAGCGCACCCAUCAUCACACACCAUGAAUCUAUGUCUACCGUGAAGCCUGCCAGGUCCACGGAAUCAGAGUGGGACAUCGCGAGGUCUUAUCGCGUAUCUCAGGCGAGUGUCAACGUCCCGAGCUCCUUGGUUCCUUCUAGGGGUAGCAGGUUGUCCAUAGUCGAGACGAGGUGGUAG